UUCUUCCAAAGUUUGGAUAAAUUGGGCAACCAAACCCGCAGUUCCCCAGAAAAAUAUUGGACAAAUGAUGCUGCGUUGCUUGACUUGCCAACUGGUUUUGAACAUGGUUUGCCAAUGGUUUCAUUUUUUGCGUCAAGGACCACCAUCCCAAAAACCACUCCUCUGAAAUGUGUUAAAACAUGUUUCUGUUUUUGGAUGGUCUUCUUUAUACAGCGGUUUCCCCAUUUCUUUGCUGGCUGCUUCACAUCCCAAAAUACAUCCAUGUCUUGUUUCACAAAGACUCAUUCUUUCCUCGACCUGUCGAUGUUGAUGAUGGUUGCCUCUUCCUCACCACCCCCAUUCUUCUUUUCAAGGCUGUGAUCCUGGUCGAACAUCUUCUCUUCGAGGGUCUUUCCUUUCCUUCCAGUGUAUGGGAUGACUCCGGAUCAGGUUCCCCCCACCAGUUGUCCCAUGGAUUCCAAGGAUUGGGGCUGCUUUGCGUGGAUUGGGCCUUCCACCUAGAGGUGACCGCCGACGAGGCAAAUGGAGACAAUCGCCCCCAGAGUGAGGUGCUCUCGUUGGUGGUCAAAGCCUUGGGCUUUGGCGCCAAGGAGGCAGAGAACAUCUUACAGAAGCCCUGCCAUCCUUCGGUGAGUUACAUGGAUGUCCGGUGCAACGAGAAGGGCGAGCUGACUUUAUUAUGGAUCAAUCGGCAGAUCCGUGGAAGGAUUCCUAAAGAGAUCGGGCAACUGCAGGCUCUGGAAACGUUGGUGCUCUACCAGUGCUACCUCAUCGGCUCGAUUCCGCCGGAGCUUGGGGAGCUAAAGAACUUGGAGAUCCUGGAUCUGUCGGAAAAUCGCCUUGAGGGAUCCAUCCCCAAGGAGCUGGGACAUCUCCAGAGGUUGGAACGCUUGAGGAUCUUCCACAACCGUCUCAGUGGCGAGAUCCCCAAGGAGCUUGGUUCCCUUCCACAGUUGGUGGAACUGCAGGUGCAAUCAAACCAACUCAGCGGGAGGAUCCCGCCCGAGUUGGGGCAGCUGCCGAAUUUGGCACUCUUGAACCUGGGCGAAAACCAGCUGAGUGGCAGCUUUCCGGUGGCGUUGACCCGGUUGAACACUUCCCUUGCAAAGCUGGAUGUGGGGCAGAACCUGCUGACCGGAGAGCUGCCUAUAGAGUUGGGAUCGAUGCAAGAGUUGAGAUCUUUGCGUCUGGGGCCUAACCGCUUUCAUGGCUCCAUCCCCAAGGAGCUGGGGCAGCUUGAUUGUCUCUACAACUUAGAUUGCUGGCAGUGUGGACUGGAGGGUGAAAUCCCUCCAGACUUGGCCCGCUUGGAACGUUUGGACCAAUUAAUUCUGAGCCAGAAUCGCCUCACGGGGCCUAUCCCGAAGGAGCUGGGGCGUCUGAAGCACUUGAGGGGGCUCUAUUUGCACGGGAAUCUCUUGUCCGGCAGCAUCCCUGCCGAACUGCAGGGUCUUGAGGCCUUGGUCCGAAUCGACCUGAGCGAGAACCGACUGACCAAUGAGAUCCCCGAGGCUUUGCAAAGGCUCAGGAGCUUGAAGGACUUGCGCUUGGCGGGAAAUUGGCUCUCAGGGAGGCUGCCGGCGCUGGACGUGCUGUCGCUGUGCGUCCUGGACCUGCGAGGGAACUUGCUCAACGGCGAGCUGCCAAGACUGCCUACGACGCUGAAGGUGGUGGACUUGGGGCACAAUUGGCUGGGGGGCAACUUGUCUCAGCUGCAGCAGCUCUGUGUUUCGGGUUUGGUGCGAACGCUGCAGCUCAGCCACAACGACUUCACCGGCCCGAUUCCGGCGUGCCUGCUGAAGAUGAAGGAGCUGAAGCAGCUGUCCUUGAAUAACAACCGUUUGCAGGGUGAGAUCCCUCUCAUUGAAGCUACACAGCUGGUGGUGCUGACACUUCACCGCAAUGAGUUGUCCGGUGCGUUUCCAUCCUCCUUGCAGUCCUUGCGCCAUUUGUCGGUCUUGACUCUACAUGAGAACUCCUUGGAUGGCGCCAUGAGCCCGUUGCAGCUUACCACGUUGUGCUUCGACAACCCACGCUUCAUCAUCCGCGGCCUCGGCUGUGCGAACUUGGCCUCGGCCAAUCGCCACUGUGAUUAUGGGGGCUUUCACGAUGAAGCCGAGGCUUUCACGUUUAACGAGGCAGAGCAGGUGCGAAAGAACUGCCCCGACUGGUGCGGCGUGUGCCCGCCGGUGGGCGCUCAAGUGAUGCUACACCACAAUCGUCUCUCCUGUGAAUUGCCCAUGAGCCUCAGCGAAGUGGCGCCUGUGCAUGCCACAGCUCUCAUGGGCAACGUGCUCGGGGACGGGCGAAGUUUGAGUGCAUCCUGGAUCUCGCCAGAGGAGCGGCAGGCGUUCCUCUUCUAUUCUCCCGCAGUGUGGCGCACCAAUCUGCAGGUCAUGGCCUCUGUCUUGCUGCUUUCAUUGGGCAUCGUGGUGUUUCAGAAGAGGCUUCGGGACAAACUCCGAGUGGCUUCCAGCCUUUCGACUUCGGGUGCUUUGGGUGCUGGAGUCUUCUCAUCCAACGUGGCGGUCUUGAAAGUCGCGGGCUCCAUGAUCAUCCUGUCCACUCUGCUUUUGCUUAUCGUCUCCAUAAGUCCUGGGUACCAUUUGUGCAGCCCGCCUCUCUCCAAGCUCACUGUGGCCAACUUGAAGGAGAACCCCAGCAGCGAGCUCUUCGUGAUCUUGGUGUGGUGCUUGAUGAGCUUGCUGUCGAUGAGUGUGAUCGCCAGUAUCCCAGCCGACCGCCCAGGAACCAGUGGUGAUCCGUCGGACUCCGGCGACGAGUCCGAGACCUUCCGGGGAUGGAGGGAGACCUGGCUGAGGCUGCUCUCCUGGCUUUGCUGGGUCUUUGUUGUGACGCUCUUCUCAUCUCCCUCCAUCCUCUUCGCAGUGUCUCAGGCCUUACCUGCCAAGAACACCUUUGCUCUGUCGGAAGGGGUCUUGAGCUUCUUCUACACUGCCGCUCCACUGUUGAUCGUCGGCUUGGACCUGCUGGUCUUGGGGACCCUGGCGGGAUACUACUCGAAGCUCACCGGCAUCAAGGCGGAUCGAUUGAUGAUGGCCUUUCGCCUGGGUACUGCGUGGCUCUUACCCUUGCUGAUCACGGUCUCUCUGCAUGAGAACUGCAUGGGGGGCUGGAAGCUCUUCUGGACCGUGUGCCAGGAAGACUCGCCUGAACAUCAGAUCUUCAACUUGCAGAUCUGGGAAGAGCAAAUCUUGAGCACCGAGAAGGACCUCUGCACACUCAGCGAGGAUUGGUGGUGCGAUGGCCGUUGCACGCGCUCGAUCGUGGACAACUUGACCCCGCUCCUCCUCAAGAAACUCUUGAUCCGCAGCACUCUGCAGCCUCUCUUCUUCGUAAUGCUCUGGCGCAUCUCCCACACAAGCGAUGAGGGCCACUUGGUGUUGCCGGUCGGACCGGGGCGGCGAACCAGCGGACUGCUGAUGCCGCAGAAGCAGGUGACCCUUCUGACCACGUAUUUGGAGGUCUUGUUUUUCUGGAGUCCGUUCAUCCCUUUCUUGAGCUUGGCCAUCCUCAUCGCCGUCUGCGCCAACGUCUUGGUGUUGGAUAUAGGCCUUCGGUGGUAUGGGGUGCAGGUGCCUCCGGACGUCCGCAGAUUGUCCAGGUCGUAUCUGAGGUUGACCCUUCGUGCCACUGGUGGCUUUCAACUCUGGCAUGCCUUUGGGACCGAGAUGUGGGGCCGACACGUGCUGCUGGCUCUGCACUUCUUGCUGCUGAUCCCUUGGACCACUCGACUGCUUCCGGUGCAGAGAGCCAGGCACCUCCUCUGGCGAACACCGCGACACCCACGCCGCAGAGGGGACAACGCUCUGGCGAACACCUCGACCCCGUCGUCGAUCCAACUGGGCGAUCUCCAGGUGGAGCGAUUGGGUGGGGCGAGAGUCAUGCGACCAGAUAGAGGCCCUGCCUUCCAGCUAGAGGGGUGUAGAAGUUCAAGAGGUUUGGCUUCAGAUAGACAGUUGCCCUUCCUUCAAGAAGAUGGUUGGCGGCUUUGAAGAUGGAAGAUGGGUCUUCAGUGACGAUGGAGUCUCCUCUGCUCGAAGCUUGCUUUGGAUGGUCAGGAUAGCUUCUGAUUUCGGAUCUAUGUCUAGUGAAAUAGAAAGAAGGGGCAGCACCUUGCAUACGCAACAAGAAGAUCAUGAUGUGCUAGGACGUUAUUUGGGGGUGCGCAAGUGAGUGCUUGGCCGAAGACAGCAGCACGUGGCAACAUAUCCUGUUGCAUAGAACGGACUUCAGUUUGCCAAAGGAUUCUGUUGAUUGUCACUGACUACCUACAUGGUGCUCUAGGGUUGCUCUCCGGCAGUAAGUGUAUCAAGGUUUCUCUUAUAUUAACUGUGCUUGCAAACUAAUCGACCAACCAAUAAUCCCGCUUCGUUUGGGCUUAUGCUUUUGCUUGGUUUCUGUGCAUGGUCCGUAUGGGCUUUGGACAUUGCCAGGUGAUCUCAUGACUUACGCCAAGCAGCUGCCUCUCGCAUCCUCCUCCACCAGAAGCAGACCUACGCCGCCGUCGGUCGCUGCGUUGGUGGACAUGAGAAACGCGCGAGCACAAGGAAGCAGCGGCUGCCGCGUGGCGCUCAUCUGUGCUGGUGCAGAGUCCCAGCGCCGUUUUGAUUCACCUUGGUGACUUGGGCGAGAUGAUCGUGCUGGGAGGACUGGUUGGGAUCUAGACUUGCAACGGUUUUGGGAUGACUUGCUGUUCCAUGGUUCUUAGGGAUCUAGGGAUCUACUUCAGCGUGAUCAUGCUGAUAGUGCUUGGAUUCUUCCUGCAAAGGUGGGGAGCAGAGUUGAUGGUAUAGUCCCAUUUAUCGGGGUGAUCGAGCCAAUCGAAAGGUCCAGGGGGUCUCUCUCCCGUUCUUCCCCAAUGACACAGGCGGGCUUGGGCAGACAACGAGGGGAGCGAUGGAGGGAGUGCUCCCAGCGAUGGAGGGAGUUCCAGUGGCCAGUUCACAGAGUCUCAGAGUGAGUGCCCCAGAGUAGUGGGGCAUGGAUCAGAGAUGGUCGCUGGAAGCUGGUAGAUACUGUGACUUCCAAAUCAAGCGGCUUGGUGUGCUUCAACAUCUCGUAGAAGUCCCUGAGUCCCUGUCAAUGUUCUAACUUGUUGUUUUCUCCUAGUCAGACGCCAAACAAGAGCAGUGAAUAUCAAAGUCAUGCGGUUUCUUGCGCCAUCCAGGGAGUUUGGGACAUGAUGCAGCG